AUGAACAGAACGGUUGUAGAGCUGCCAUUUUCGGGACGAUUCUUCGUUCAUGAUAUCAACUAUGGUAUAACUUCUAACCAGAUAGAACUACAGGAUCCGGAUGACUGCCUUCCUAGACGUAUUUCGAAUCAGUUGAAUCUCUCGGGUACCCCUUUCUUUGCUAAUCAGUAUGAGACUUUUUCGUUUUUUAGCUGCCCAUCAGAUACUUUCUUUUCGUCUUCUUACUCUUGGAAGAACAUCAGUUGCCUUGGUAACUCUACACACAAAGUAUUCGUUACAGCUUCAACAAGUUCCGUUGGUAUUAAUGCAAAUUGUACGUUAAUUGCUACUAUGCCAGUUCCAGUUGAAUACAUUUCGAUUAUGUACAGAUAUCUUUGGUUUCCAUAUGAAACCAUUCGUCUUACGUGGAAUUUGAAAGCACCAUACUGCAAACGAAAUUGCAAUGAAAAAUCGAACUUUCCACCUUACUAUUGCCGUGAUAUCCGUAAUGUUGAUAGAAUAAUUCAUCUUGUCGUAGGCAUCAUUAUACCAACUGUCUUAGUGAUCGCUGUUUUGUGCUACCAUGUUUUAAGAAAUAAAGGCUUUUUCUCUGAUGGUGGUCGUGGUCAUGCUGAGAUAGCGAACUCCUCACAAGUAGUCACUAUCAACACCAGUCUUGAUGUGUCUGCAGUACAAUCCUUUCCCACAGUAGUUAUUAGUGAGAGUGGACGACUGCCUAAUCAAGACAUUAAUCUGUGUUCAAUAUGUUUGUCAGAGUAUCAACCUAAAGAGGUGGUAAAGAUAAUGCCAAUCUGUAACCACUAUUUCCAUGCUGAUUGUAUUGAUUCUUGGUUUCGUUUGAACUUGACGUGUCCUGUCUGCCGGACAUCUCCUUUCCCUUAA